UGGCGACGGGUGGGUGCGAAAAAACUUCGGACGAGUUAAUUAAUUUUAAAUGUACACCUUGUGGUGAACUUAACAAAGCUAAAGAAGCGUACAAUGUCAAGGAUAUUGCUGUCAGACUUGUGUGGACACACAUCGUGUAUUUCCUGCUCUAAAAGGACACACACUGGUGGAUAAAUUAAACUUAAAGUCAAAAUUAGUAGCAACUGAACUUCCAGUCGUCCCUACGGAGACAUGUAGUACCCAUGGAAUAAAAAUUCUUGACAUGUACUGUGAGAACCAUGACGUUGUUGGAUGUACAAGUUGUAUAGCUCUUGACCACAGGAGUUGUUCAGACGUCCACCUUAUACCGGACGUUAUCGAUAACCUUCUCAGCAAAUCUGACGCAGGUAAAAUGGACCGGAAGUUACAAGACAUGAAGAUGACGAUGAAAGAAAUUAAAACAAAUAGGGAAGCGCUUAUUGAAAGGUUAAUCAAAUCUAAAACAGAGGCUGAAAACGAGAUAAAAGAUUUCGGAAAAGAGAUGGAAACGCUUUUAAAAUCUCUCGAGAAAGAAUCUUUAAAAGAAAUUGAAGAACAGUUCAGACAGAAAAAGCUACAAUUAGAGGAGAAAAAAAGGAGCAGAAGAUGAAUUGGACUUUUUAAAACACGCUGAGGAGAGUCUGGAGAAAGCAGAAGGGAACAGAGCCCAACAAUUUGUUUCCUUGAAAGCUGCACAGUGUAUAAUCACUCAAACUGAAGAGAUUUCUCGCUCACUACGAUUAACAAAUGAUGCAAAGAUAUCGUUCGCUCCUGAUUCAGCUAUACGUAAUAUUUUAUUAAAUUGUAAGACACUUGCUUCAGUCAACCACGAUGUUUCCACACAUUUCCAACAAAGGACAUCGAUGUAUGCAAUUAAAGCAAUAAGAGAAUUGAAUAUCAAAAUGCAAAGUGAUGCGUCAUCCUGUUGGGUACAUGGUUCCUGCUUAACGGAAGAUGGUGCACUGCUUAUGGCUGACUUCUCCAAUAAAACACUAAAAAGAGCAAACAAUGUCACAACGCCAGUACUGGAUUAUUGUAACCUACCAGAUCAGCCUUACAGUGUAUGCUGUAUAGGUAAGCAAGAAGCGGCCGUCACUUUGACGAACAACACUGUUCAAUUUGUGUCCCUUGCAGAUCAGAUGACGCCUACACGCCAGAUAAAGCUGACCCAUAAAUGCUUUGGUAUCGCUUACAAGGGAGAUAAAUUGUAUAUAACUGAUUACGGCAAAUCAUUGUAUAUAUACGAUAUGACAGGAAACUUACUGCAGAAAGUUUCACAAAACAUUACCGGGAACAGUCUGUUUCAGUGGAGUCGGCAUAUUGCUUUCAGUGAUACUGGAAAGGAAACGUUUGUAACAUGUCAGGCUAAAGGCCUUAUAAAUCUUGAUGUGAAUGCGAGACAUACGAACAUUUAUACUGCUUCAGAGUUGUCAAUUACAACAGGAGUUUGUUCAGAUGGAAGAGGCAACCUGUCUGUGUGUGGACACGGUUCUAAUAGUGUUGUCCAGAUUGGACAGGAUGGAAAUAAAAUUGGUGAAAUAGUGAAAUCAUCAAAUGGACUGAAAAGUCCUCAGUCGUUGUGCUUUGACCAGCGGACUUCAACAUUGGUUGUUACACAAACAGACAGCGACAUAGUGAAAUUAUUUGACAAACAAUAAUAAUAAUUACAUAAUUAUAGGUGGUUACCUCAAAGGUACACAAUGUAUCUGAGAAAAAUUCUGUUUUUAAAACGUCGAAUGUAUUUUUGAUUUCCUGUAUUCACAUAUCAGAUCUGUUAAAAUAAUUAAUAUGACUUGUUGUGCAGAAUUGUGUCUUUAUUCAUCUCUUAGAUAUUUUUUCCAGUAAACAUUACAAAAUUACAAAAUGCCCUAAAAAAGGAGAAUAUUAAUAACAGAACAGUAUAGUAUGUAUUCUAUAUUUUGUACGAUUCAGUAAAUCGGCUUCUGAAGAUUGUGUAGAUUGAUAUUAUUGAAAUCCUCACACUCACAUCACAUGAUAAACUAAAGAACCAAGGAACUUAAAAGGUGGAUGUUUACAUAUAAUAUUUAAAUGACAAGUUUAGAGUAUUUGGUGCAUUUUUAUUAAUUCAAAUUGAAUAUGUUUUCAUACUAUUUGAUGUUAAUCACAUGUCCGACAAAAAUAUACAUUAUGUAUAGUCAUGAAUUGGUUACCUGUUCUCACACAUACAAAAUUGUUAAGAAAUCGAAUAAGAAAAACAGAUGCUAGUGUGUUUGAAAAUACAAUGUACAUACAUUUUGUCUUGAAUAUUGCCCGUGAUCUCAGGUAAAACCGCAGUGGUAAAAUAUAUUAAAUAUUACAAAACUAAUGUAUAUUUAAAAGAACUACAAAGUUUUUAAACUGAAGGUGGGAGUAGGACUACCAAACGUAUAAAAUGCAGAGCUGUACUUGAAAUAAGAUUUACAUUUACCACAUAGCCUAGACAAGAAUGUUGAUACAAAACUAUUACCCGCCUCGUGAAAAAAGAAUGUUUGAUGUUUUUUGCGAGAUAUUGCCGCCAUUUAAUGUAGUGUGAUGAUAAAAGAUGUAGCAUUUUUGUGCCAGUAAACUAUUAAAAUUAUGUAUUUGUAUGUUAUAUAUAGGUUCAGAGCAGCAUGUCUAGAAACAUUCUCCUACUGUCAAAAGAGUAAUGUGUUUUUGUCGGUAACUCUUGUUGUGUGAAAUGUUAAUAAUACGGUGUUUACACAUGGUUAGUGUAAACGUUUGGUACGAAUUGCAUUUCCAGACCUUCCCUUAUAAAAAUCUGAACUAUGUAUAGCGCAUGUGCUGAUCGCAGUGGAGUUAUCUUUAUGUCGCUAUGGGUUAUUGUAGUUAAUUUUGGUAGAGAAUGCCACAAUGCAAAUUAGCCAUUGCCCAUGAACGCAUCAGUGAUGUGAGUAAACGUUGGAUAAAAAAUGUGCGAAAGAAUGACUUCAACCACAAAAACGAAACUAAUUAAUUGUCAACACACUUAGUCAGCUGGUUUUAUAAUGAAAUCAAAUGAAACAUUAUAGGACGAAAUUUGCAUUGGACCUACGUACUACAUGCUUGGUGUGUUUACCUGCCAGCUGUGGUUGUUUAGAAGAAAGUUUUUAUAAAACUUCUAUUUAAAGAUAUCCAAUGCCCAUCUUUCACUCAUUGUUUAUUAUAUAUUUACUUCAAAUGUAGAAAUUCAUGAUCAGAUGUUUUGAACUUUACUAAAUAUGUAAAGUAAUUGUGUAUGCAGAACUAUAUUAUAUUCAUGCGGUGUUUCAGUGGUAGUACAUAUUUAUAUAAAAAUUUCUUAUGCCUGCGAUAAGAUAAUUAUAGGUCAUUGAUGUAUGUUUUCAAAUUCAUUUUAUGCCACUAGCUGUGAAUGUAUUGACUGAUACACCCCUUAACUAUACAAAAAGGUCAUAAAUGGAAACAAUUGUUUUUUUCUUCUAAAAAAUAUCUGACAAGUGCCCCCAGGAUGACAUAGCGUAUUAAAUGCCGUAAAAUGUUUGGUAUAGUUGGUCACACUAACCUGUAGGACUUGCUCAAAUAUUAAUGAUAGAUAAGACAUUUUAUUCCCUUAGUGACCUUUAUAGUUUUGUAGUAAUUAUCUCUAUGAACAAUAUACUCGUUUUUUUCUAUUUAGAGAUUUAUAAAGA